AUGUCGAAGGUCGCGGAGAAGAAGCUUAUUAACGAAAAAAUCGCCAAAGUCCGCGAAGUUGUGCAUGGCGUUAGCACCAACGACAUCAUUCUGGCUCUGCAUUCCUUCGACAUGAACGUGGAGCGGACCAUUCAAGCUUUUUGUGAAGCAGAUGGAGCGUCGGAAGUGUUAGACGACUGGGUUCGUCCAACAAGUGGUUCUUCUAAAAAUAAGAACAAGAAGAAGAAGAGCAAGUUAUCGACAACCGAGGCGACUGCAGGAGCUGUCACUUCGUCAACACCCUCGCCAUCAAAAGUAGUGAAGACUCCACCAACACAAGAAACUAAACCUAUAGUUGCGUCUACAGCAUCGCAGCUGGACAGCAAAGCUCCUCAGACGAAUGGGUUCGUAAUUCAAGCCAAACCGCUCGAGGUGAAACCUUCAAAUGACAAAAACACUCCGGUAGCCGAACACAUUCAGCAAACCUUCAAGGCUCUUCGUGCGGCUGUAACAGGGCGCGAGAAAACUCUUCUGGCAGCUUGUGGAGCUAAUUCAAAGUUCAUUGAUGCAGACUUCAACCACCUCAUCUCAUUAAUCGAAAAAUUUGGUUCAGGUUGGAUACGCUCUUAUCUUGCAUUAUCUGCUUGA